GCGUUCACCCCCACUCGUUGGCCGCGGGCUAUGUUACGCGUGGCGUCGACACGAGAGCAGUGAGUCAGUGGUGCGCGGGCCUUCGCGGCGCGAGGACGUGCGCUAUGUUGGUAUUUCCGGUGCGUAAACGCGCGUGCUCGUUCGUUUACCUCGUGUGAGUGCGUGUAAUAACAGAAAAACUAAUUUCAUCUCGACUGUUCCUCGAUAAUCGGACUUGGUCUAUCCUUCCACGUGCUGCUGGACUAAUUUUGUUAUCUUUUUUUUUAAUUUUCAUUUAGUUUCGCUGGUGUUCUCGAGCUUGUUGGGAAGAGUUGGAGCAAGAUUGGCAACGUUUCUUCAUUUGGCGACGGACCAACAACCAAGAUCUACCGAUGGCCAUCUAGCAGCCGAAUCUCCAGCGCACCACACUCUCAUAAAUACGCGUUGAAGCACCGAUUCACCAGGUUGGAGGGAAACUGCUGCCACGUCGUCACGAAGCUGCAAAGAAACGUAACGGCCGUAGAGACAUCGAGGGUGGCUCGCGUGCCAAGAAGAUGCGACUGUUCGCGUGGCCUGGCAGCGUGACUCGCGGCGGACUCAUAAACGAUGAAUUGGCGGGCAGCGAUGUUGGCUCAGCCGAGAAACGCGGCAGCAGCAGGAGCAGCAGCGGAGGAGGCAGCAGCCACGGCAGCCAGCGAACCGGCAGAUUGGACGCGCGAUCGGGCGAACGGCACACCAUCGGCUGGGCAUGUACGUCAUCUACCCGGCAGACGAGCUGUUGCGUAUCUAUGAGAACCCAGACCGUGAUCCUAGUCCAGUGUUGACCGGAGAUCGUCGGCCGAGUUGUCAGGUGACCGUGGUCGCUGUUAACAAGAGAAACGACCGCUCACUAGCACAAAGUUGGCUGGAUAGCUCGAAGAAGUGGAAGGAAAGGAGAAAGGAACGAGGACAGACACGUAGAAGAAAAGCGAGCCGUAACGAGGCUCCACGUAGCCACGAGGUCGCGAAGGGUACUCGUCGCGAACAACACGCCAGGACUAUGCAAAACAGUCGCGUUGGCGCCGGCGAGGAUGCCGCCAAUCCUUUCAAGGAUCUCACACAACCGGGGCUCAGCGAGCCGCUCAAGCAGCACAAUGCCGCCGCGCUCAAGCUCGUGCAGACCGUGUCAGAGUUCGCGCAGGAGCUGGGCGCGGCAAUGGAAAGCCACUCGGCAACCGUACGACGUCUUGUCGACGAGUUUCGCAGCCGAUCCGGAGACACCAGAGUUGAUUCCGGCGGGAUGCGUCGAGUUUGGGAAAGUUUACUGCGCCAGGUGCAAUCAGAUGCAGAAGCUCACUUAGAUCUGGCCGCGGUUCUCCAACAGCAGCUGUCUAGACCCACCUUGGAGGCCAGCUUCCAUCGAAAACUCCAGUCCAGGAAGGUGUUUGCUCAUCGCGAGGCCUACGAGCAGGUGGUGGCGAAGACCGAGGAGAAGCUGCAGCGUGCCCGCGCGGAUUACAAACGCGCCUACGCCUCUCUCUUAAUGAUAGAUGGCGGGAGCGAGCAGGAACUGAAACGCGCCUACUACGAGGCGCACAAUGCGUACGUUCUUCAAUUGAAAGCCACGAAUGCCAUCACGGAACGGUACCAGUCACAGUGCCUGCCUGGUCUGCUCGGUGAAAUAGCGGAAGUAUACGAGGAGUUAUGUGGAUUGGCUUGCAAAUGCGUGGCUGGAAUAUCGGAGGCAGCCGCGGAGAGGGCUGGGGAUCAAGCGAAACGUUAUCUAGCGGUAGCGAAAGAGGCCCAAGUCAUAACACCGCUAAAUGAUUUGCAAAUUUUGGCACGGAGCCUAUCAGCCACCGCGACGCCAUCGAAGAAGCCCUCCAGGCGGCUGUUCGUGGCGCCAGGUCCGCCAGAACAAAUACCCAUGGAGAGAAUCAGUCAAAUACCGUCGCUGAGGGACGAACUAGCACCAACAGGAACCAGUACUCUGCCCCUGAUGGAGGAUUUACGACGGGAGCACGAUAGCCUAGCUCAAGAGAUCACACGACUCCAGGACGCCUUGGAUACGUUGAUCCGCAUGCAACGAAAGAGCGCUGAAAGCAAUCUUUACACAAAAGUAGCCGAGCUCCAGGAAGACAUCUCUAUGAAGCGUUUCGAGCUAGGGGAGGCACAACUAUACCUCGCAGCCGUGCAAGCACAGAAGGAGCUGUUCGGGGCUGGAGAAGCCGGCCAACCGGAUGGGGUGAGCAGCCGGAAGAUGUCGAAUGGCUCGACCGGAAGUACCAAGCACAAAUGGUUGAAAGCGUUCAAGAGUUUGAAAACCAGCUCCCCGACGACUCCGCCAUCAACCGACAAGAAAAGUUUGGAGUCCGAGGGAGGCCACUCUUGGCGCGAGUACACUUAUCGAAAAAUCACUCCCUGCGAUGCGUGUGGCCAGGUGUUACGUGGCCAUAGUCGCCAGGGUGUCAGGUGUCGUGGCUGCAAAGCAAACGCUCACACCGACUGCAUCAAUAUGGUGCAGCCCGUCAUGUGUCCCAGCCUGGCGCCUAAAAAGAGCGGAGGGAUUCCCCUUCUUCGUCGACAGAAGACUCAGACUCAAGUGGACGACACCGCGGCCGCAGAGUACAACGUGGACGCCAUAUACCAGGUGCUGAAGCAGGCAGGCGAGAUCCGUGGAAACUCGACAAACUCACCACCUACGCCUCCCACAGCAGAUCAUCCUCCAGCACCUUCGUCAGCGAGGGCUUCCUCCCACCCUUGUUCCUCGUCCACCUCUGCGCCGCAUAGUCCACAACGUAGACGCGAGAGAUUGAACCUAAGGAUGAAGAGUCUCAGCUUGGAUUCUCCGGAGGGCACCGCUCAUGUUCGACAUCGUCCACGUGAUUACUAUACCGGCGGCCAAAGAGAGUCCACGCCACCCAGACAUUCUGACAGUGGAAGCAUCAACAGAUUAUCGCCAUGUAGUCCAGGCCAGAGCCACAGCGUCCACAAGCACAUUAGGGGGGCCAUCAGGAUGUCCAGCAUGGAGCUCCCAGAUGAAAAUGAAAAAUCGUACUCAUCGGCGAGCACCUCUCCUUGCCCCUCGCCGCACACUAACAAUCAGAAUCACGUGAAUCCACCUGGAAAACGUGUUCUGCCCCCUAAUAAUUUAUACGUGGUGCUGUACAACUUCGAGGCGCGACAUCGGGACGAGUUGGACUUGAAAGCUGGCUACAAAGUGACGGUAAUUGAUAAAUCAGAGAAGGACUGGUGGAAAGGGAAGUGUUUGGGCGGCCGAGUGGGUUACUUCCCCAGUGCAUACGUUAUGCGAGUGGAGUCUGGACAGAAGACACUUCAGGUCACUCGUAACUUACAAUUAACUGACCAGAUUACCCUACUACGUGACCAGAUCGUGAUUCAGGUUGGCGAGGAGGUAGAUGGCGUCGCGAUGGUUCGUUGCGCCGCGGACGUGAGAUCGGCGGACCACACGGGCAAAGAGGGCGAGGUGCUGUACAGGGAAACUUUAUGCCCCUUAAAGUAUCUUCAGGAGGUGUGACAACAGCCUCGCCAACCAGGCGAGCGCCAGAAUCGCGCGAACCUUCGCGAGCGAUUCUCCGCUUCAGCACGACGUAACGCGGUCGAGAAAUACUACGAUUGCCUACAGUGUGCCGAACAGUGUCGCCACGUGACCACUGUUGCCAACAACA